AAUUCAAACCCAGACUAAUCGCGGAAAUAGAAAAAUUGAGGAAACAAAAGUUGUGGUAUAGCAGAAGAAAGGAUAAGAUCUUAUUUUUGGAUUUUAAUGAAACACAUAUAUGUUAGAAAAUGAUAUGAACAAUCCAGACAUUACAACUUUAAAUUUUUAAACAGGUAAACUUCUGUGUGCAAUUUUGUAUGCAUGCGAAAUGCAAAUAAAACGUCGAGUACUAGUAACCGCCCACUUUCUCGAAUUUCCUCAAGUAUUGAGGCAUGUUACUUGUAAUCUUGAAACCAUUAAGUGGAUUGACUGAGCAUCUUUAAAACAUUCUUUACAUCAAUAAGCAGCAUGGCCUGGCGGUUUAAGACUACGAAGUAUAAAAAUGCAGCUCCAAAGGUUGUUAAGAAAGAGGAAUGGAUUGGAGAUAUUUCAGCAGGAAACUUGAUGCAAUGCUGUGGAAACCAUAUUAAAGCUGGAUGUAUUUAUAUGGCAUUCAAUGUUGAUUCAUCAGGGGGAGGUAACCUUGGCGUGUUGCCUGUAAGUAGCACAGGAAGGCUUGUGAAUGGUUUGCCAUUGUUGCCAGCUCAUGGUGAUUUUGUGACAGACUUUGAAUUUUCUCCAUUUGAUGAUUAUCUGUUGGCCACAGGAUCAGCAGACAAUUCAGUAAAGGUAUGGUUACUACCAGAGGAAGACUGUCUCAGUGAGUUGUCUAACUUGAACCCAGUGAUGAUUGUUCCUAAACAGAAUCGUAAAAUAGAAAACGUGACAUGGAACCCUAUGGCUGAGGGGGUGUUGGCAUUCACAUGUCACGACUGUGUUUCUCUGUAUGACAUAGUCACUCAGAAAGAAAAAUCAAUCUCUGAUCACAAGGACCAGAUACAGAGUAUCAGUUGGCGAUGUAAUGGACAAGUAUUCGUGACGUCCUGUAAAGAUAAACGCCUAAGAAUCUUUGACCCAAGGGCUGGAUCUAUUGUACAGGAAACUCAGGGGCAUGAUAACAUACGUGAUUCCAGGGCUCUGUGGAUGGGUGAUAAGGACAUGAUUUAUACAACUGGCUUUAGCAGAUCAAGAGAAAGGGAAGUCAAAUUAUGGGACUGUAGAAAUUUUACUUCCUCAGUGUCAACACAGGGCAUCGAUUCAUCUACAGGAACACUGAUUCCCUUAUAUGAUGCUGAUACUAGUAUGCUAUUCUUGUCUGGAAAGGGUGACAGUAAUAUCAGAUAUUAUGAAUUGUCAGAAAAAGAUUCAUCCCUCACAGAGAAUAAUGUGAGUAGAACAGAACAAGUGAAAGGAAUUGGCAUGGUGCCAAAGAGGGCUCUAAACGUCAUGGAGGGAGAGGUGAAUCGUCUGUUGUUACUCUCCAAGCAGGCUAUCAUUCCAGUACCCUACAUAGUACCCAGAAAGAAUUAUGUGGAAUUCCAUGAUGAUAUAUUUCCUGACACGCCCUCUGAUGAACCAGGGUUGACCGCCAGUGAAUGGUUCUCAGGUGCUAAUGGACAGAGAAAAUUAGUAAGUUUAAAUCCACAAAAGAAGGCAGCUAUUGGUGGUAGGAGAGGACUGGGACUGCAGCCAGAGAUUAGUGGUGUAAAUGUAGCGAAAAAAACUGAGGGAGCUACUGAACGGUCAACUCCAAAUACUCUGCCAGAAACUCCACAGCCAAGUCCAGCAAUGGCAGACAACAUUCCGGAAACAAAUCUCCAGGCUCCAGAUCAGAGUCCAGUGCAUAAUCGUACAGACGAAGAAAAGGCAGCCGAGGUCAUCAGUGAUGACAUCACAGAUGAGGAUAAAGUUGAAGCUGAACAUAGGGAGGAUGUGCAGAAGAAAGUCUCAGCCAAAAUUUUCUCAGGCGUUAGACAGUCCAAGUUUAAGCAUCUGAAGUGUAAAACCCUUCACAGGAGUACACACAUAGAGAACAUCAGGAAGCUGGACAGAACGGUUCCAGGAGAGAGCAAUUUCUUCAUCGCCAACAAAUCUAGGUGUGUCACUCCAGUUGAGGGCUCUGGGGGACUUCUGUCUGUUCUUGAGUUUAGCAGUCCAGGUCGGCUCCCAGAUACAGGGGUACCAGUACUGCAACACCACAGUAAAGUCACAGACUAUACCUGGGACCCUUUCAAUGACCACAGACUUGUUGUAGCCUGUGAUAAUGCUAAGAUAUGGGUUUGGGAUCUCCCCAAGGAGGGGUUGAAAGAGCCCCUCACAGACCCAACAGGCACCUUGCUGGGACACAUGGAAAAGAUUUACUUUGUGAUUUUCCAUCCCCUGGCAAGAGAUAUCAUUGUCACAUCUGCCUAUGAUUUAACCGUGAGAAUUUGGGACCUGUCUGAAAUGAAAGAAGUCAUGCAGCUGAUGGAACAUCCUGAUCAGGUUUUCUGUGCUGCAUGGAGUCCAGAUGGAAAGUAUUUGUGUACAGUAUGUAAAGAUGGAAAAAUUCGAAUAUUUAAUCCUAGGAAAUCCCCAAAUCCUGUGGUGGAAGGCCCAGGUCCAGAUGGAUCUCGUGGAGCCAGAGCCGUUUUUGUAUUGGAAGGGAACUACUUAUUCGUUAGUGGAUUUGACAAACAAAGCAAGAGAAUGGUUUUCCUUUAUGACACUGGUGAUCUCAGCCAGCCUCUUUUUGAAGACACAUUAGAUGAGGCCCCGUCAAUACUCAUACCAUACUAUGAUGAGGACAGUAGAACUGUGUUUCUCUCUGGAAGGGGAAAUGGACAGUUAUAUGCAUAUGAAGUAGCAACUGAAGAACCAUAUUUGUUUCCAUUGGCAACAACCAAAUUUUCAUCUCCAAGUCAGGGUUUUGCUUUCCUGCCAAAAUAUCUUUGUGAUGUAAAAGAAGUUGAAUUUGCCAAGGCCUACAGACUUACCCAGACCACUGUAGAACCAGUGUCAUUCACUAUACCCAGAGUGAGGAUGGAAUUUUUCCAAGAUGACCUCUUUCCUGACACCAGGGUGACAUGGGAACCCACAAUGACCAAUAAGGAAUGGCUAUCAGGGAGCAAUAAACAGCCAAGGACCCUCAGUCUGCAGCCCAAGGACUUGAUACCAUUGAGUAAAGCACCAAAGGAAGCACCGAAAGUGAAGAAAUUUGAGAGCUUCAAUGUGGACACGUACAAAACAGAUGAACAAAAGAAGGAAGAGUUGAUGAGUGCAAUGACUAACAAACUGACCAAACAAGAGGCCCCUCUCCCCCAGGAUUUGGCUGAGGGAGUGGAUGAAGAUGAGUGGGAUGAUUGAAGACAUGAAUGAAAGGACUGCUAGUGUACAGCUUUGAAAGGAGACUUUUUAAUACAUUAUUUUGUCAUACUAACCACAAUAUAUUCACAUUCCAUUGAACCAUAUUGUAAUGCAUGCAUUUAGAAAGACCUUCCAAUUUCUAUCACUGUGCCAAAAAAAAGGGGAAACAUGUAUAUGUUUUUUGAAUUUUACACGCUUUCUGUACAUAGUCUGUCUAAGUCAACUUAGCACAUUUACUAUCAUUUACUGCUAUGAAGUAAUAAUCAUACAGUAAAACAUGUCUUAUCAGGAUGUUUUGUAUUCUGAAAUGAUUCAUAUUUCAACACCAAACUUUAAAUUCUGCCAUAAAAAACACAUGUACUCUUGUUUUUAUGAUAUUCUCCAAAGAUCUUUUUCUGGUACAUGUACUAAGCUUAUCCUGGAUUAACCAAGUUUCACUGUAUCAACUUAGACUAAAUAUUAUAAUUUAUUAAAUAAUAUGCAAAGUG